GUGACACCCGCGCUAUCCCCGCUGGGCGUGACUCGAUGUGCGUGCUGGUCGCAUAUAUUCGGGGAGCGGUGGCGGAACGCUCUUUGAAUCCUUCCUCUCUAUCUCCUCAGGUCUUCACCCUUACUGAGCUCACCGCUGUUGCGUGAACGUAGGCAGAGAUGUCAAACACACAAAAGAAACCACUGCCGUUCAUCUGCAACUUCACGGCGGGAGCCAUUGCUGGCAUUUCCGAGAUCUUGACGUUCUACCCUCUCGAUGUUGUCAAGACGCGGAUGCAGCUGGAGACUGGCAAGUCCCGUCACGGACUAGUAGGAACCUUCCGCGCAAUUAUCAAGGAGGAAGGAUUCGGACGCUUGUACAGAGGUUUGGUACCACCGCUGCUCAUGGAGGCACCUAAGCGUGCCACUAAAUUCGCGGCGAACGACUUCUGGGGGAAGAGGUACCUGAAGCUGUCGGGCGAAUCAAAAAUGACCCAAUCGUUGUCCAUCCUCACCGGUUGCAGUGCCGGCGCGACGGAGAGUUUUGUUGUGGUCCCCUUCGAACUGGUCAAGAUCAAGCUGCAGGACAAGGCCAGCACAUUUGCCGGGCCUAUGGAUGUUGUUAAAACGGUGGUUCGGAAGGAUGGACUCCUCGGCCUCUAUGCUGGCAUGGAGGCAACAAUGUGGAGGCACCUCUGGUGGAAUGGAGGGUACUUCGGAUGUAUCUUCCAGGUCCGCUCGCUGCUACCAAAGGCGCAGACUACGCAGAGACGUCUAAUGAACGACCUCACGGCUGGUACGAUUGGUGGGUUUGUGGGAACAGCCAUCAACACGCCAUUUGAUGUUGUGAAGUCACGUAUACAAGGAGCCACCAAGGUCCCAGGUGUCGUACCGAAGUACAACUGGACAUAUCCUGCGCUGGUGACGAUCUUCCGUGAAGAAGGCCCAGCGGCACUGUACAAGGGCUUUGUUCCAAAGGUGCUGCGUCUGGCACCAGGUGGCGGUGUCCUCCUCUUGGUCGUCGAAGUGACAUUGGGUCUCUUCCGCCAAGUGCUCGGUCCUCCGUACAUAUAGAUAUGCUGACGAUAUUAGACGACAAAAUCCAACACAUCGCUAUGGAUGAGCUACAAGACACGACAGACACUAUUCGCG